AUGAAACCUGCAUCUUUGAGACCAUUCCUCCCGAGACCCGCUAUACGCCGGCGGCGAAUUUCUUCCAGCCGGCAUUAUGCAAGGCAAGCACCAGGAGCGCCAAUCCUCCAAGUCUUCAACGACAAUACCAAGCACCUACAACGAGAACGAGCGGCAGCGGAUGUAGAAAGCAGCCGGAAAGUCGACUAUCUUCGAGAUGAAGUGGCUUCCAGACUCUGCGAGCGAUUACUUGAUAUCAAACGCCAUUUCCCCAGCGUUCUUGAUCUCGGCGCCAAUGCCUGUAACAUAGGCCACGCUCUCACUGUUCCUGUCCCAGAUUCUCCACCCCUCUCCACCAGGCUGUCACAUCUCACGUCCGCGGACUCGUCGCCGACCCUCCUCCACCGGGACGCUUCCCUCCCAUUUAACUCGCUCCUCCCAUCUCACACACGCACCACACUCGGCCCACCAGACCAGCCUCUCCCCUUCAAGCCUCGAUCGUUCAAUGCCGUCCUCUCCUCCCUCUCCCUCCAUUGGGUCAAUGAUCUACCCGGCAUGCUCUCCCAAAUAAACCGCGUCCUAAAACCAGACUCCCCUUUCCUGGCCGCCAUGUUGGGCGGUGACUCCCUCUUCGAACUUCGCACCUCUCUCCAACUCGCCGACCUCGCACUCCGCGGCGGUGUCUCCACUCACGUCUCCCCCCUCGCUGACGUCCGUGACAUCGGCGGCUUACUUACAAAGGCCGGGUUCAAAAUGCUAACGGUCGACGUUGACGACAUCAUCGUCGACUAUCCGAACAUUUUCGCCUUGAUGACGGAUCUGCAGGCGAUGGGAGAGAGCAAUGCGGCGCUGACUAGGGAGCCGGGAGGACUGAGGAGAGACGUGAUGGCGGCGGCAGAGGCAAUUUACCGAGCGCUGCAUGCGGAGGGAGGGGAGACGGUGCCGGCGACUUUCAGGAUUAUCUACAUGAUUGGGUGGACAGAGGGGGAGAACCAGCCGAAGCCGUUGGAGAGGGGGACAGGGCAGCUUAAUAUCAAGGAGAUCUUGGAGGCGCCUGGAGAGAAGAAGUCGUAG